AUGGCAACUACCAACACCCUCAUUGAUGUCAAGAUGGGGGUUCUUACUAUGACAGUUUUUGAUAAAACUAUUCAGUUUCGGCUCUUUGAAGCUAUGAGACAUUCUAAUGGUGUAAAAUCUUGUUUCUGGGUGGAUGUGGUGGAUAGAAGAGUUGAUAUGGAGCUGCAUAGAAAUGAUACAAUCAUUGCUUUGGAAGCUUUUCUAGUGGGAGACAUUGAGAGGACUUUUGACAAUGACACUCAAGAAGUCGUAAAUAUGUUUGAGGCUUCUCCUAGUUAUCAAUACAAGUGGCAUCCGACUUUUGAAAAUUUGAGGGACUCUCCAAAUCCUGAGAAACUAGAACCAUCUAUAGUGAGUCCGCCAGAGCUAGAGUUGAAGCCUUUGCCCGCACACUUGCGAUAUGCAUUCAUAGAUAUCCGUGGCAUUAGCCCUUCUAUGUUCAUACACCGCAUUUUGAUGGAGGACGGAACUAAGGCCACUAGAGAAGGACAAAGAAGAUUAAAUCCCAACAUGAAAGAAGUUGUCCGGGGUGAGAUUUUGAAGCUCUUGGAUGUAGGCGUUAUUUAUCCUAUUUCUGAUUCCAAGUGGGUGAGCCCAGUUCAUCUUGUGCCGAAGAAAUCUGGGAUUACUGUAGAAGCCAAUGAGAACCAUGUGCUUAUUCCUACUCGGAAGGUCACGGGGUGGAGAGUUUAUGGUUAUUUUGGCUAUAACCAAAUUUCCAUUGCUCUCGAAGAUCAAGACAAGACUACUUUCACUUGUCCAUUUGGAACAUUUGCUUAUCGUCGGAUGCCUUUCGGCCUUUGCAAUGCUCCUGCAACAUUUCAGCUUUGCAUGAUGAGUAUCUUUUCUGACAUGGUGGAGCAUUUCAUUGAGAUAUUUAUGGAUGAUUUCUCUGUCUUUGGGUCAAGUUUUGACAAUUGCCUUCAAAAUCUGUCUUUUGUGUUGAAGAGAUGUGAAGAAACCAAUUUGGUUCUAAAUUGGGAGAAAUGCCACUUUAUGGUGCAACGAGGCAAUGUGUUGGGGCAUGUUAUCUCCAAAAAUGGGAUUGAAGUUGAUCCGGCUAAGAUUGAGCUUAUAUCGAAGCUUCCACCUCCAAUCAAUGUGAAAGGAAUUCGCUCUUUUCUUGGACAUGCAGGGUUCUAUAGGCGGUUCAUUCAAGAUUUUUCUAAAAUUGCUAGGCCUUUAUGCAACCUUUUGGCCAAAGAUGCAGUUUUUCUAUUCGAUGAAGCUUGUAUGAGGGCAUUCAAUUUGUUGAAGGAGAAACUUACUACCGCUCCAAUUAUGAUGCCUCUGGAUUUUUCUUUGCCAUUUGAAAUUAUGUGCGACGCUUCUGACUUUGCCAUUGGAGCGAAAGAGUUGUUGGCCAUUGUCUUCGCCUUGGACAAAUUUCGCCCAUAUUUGGCAUGCUCUAAAGUGAUUGUCUAUUCCGAUCAUGCGGCAUUGCGGUAUUUGUUAUCAAAGAAAGAUUCCAAGCCAAGGCUCAUUCGUUGGGUACUUCUCCUCCAAGAGUUUGAUUUGGAGAUUCGGGAUAAGAAGGGGUGUGAGAAUGUAGUUGCUGAUCAUCUUUCUAGGCUUGCUAUCAAGGAGAGUGGUGCAAAAGAUAUGGAUUUCAAUGAGACCUUUCCGGAUGAGCAGUUAUUCGAGGUUGAGGAGGUCCCUUGGUAUGCAGAUAUUGUUAACUACUUGAUUAUCAGGCGAUGUAUUCCGGUUAAUGAGCAAGAAAGUGUUCUUCAUUUUUGCCACACCCAUGUUUGUGGAGGGCACUUUGGGGGAAAGAAAACUUCGGCCAAGGUGCUUCAAUCCAGAAAUCAAAUGCCAUUGAAAAAUAUUUUGACUAUUGACCUAUUCGAUGUGUCGGGGAUUGAUUUCAUGGGUUCAUUCCCCAAUUCCCAUGGAAAUCUAUAUAUUUUGGUGGCAGUCGAUUAUGUGAGAAAAUGGGUGGAGGCUUCACCGUGUAAAACUAAUGAUCAUGGUGUGCUUUUGAAUUUCUUGAAGAAUAUGAUUUUUGCAAGGUUUGGAACCCCACGAGCUAUUAUUAGUGAUGGUGGAUCACAUUUUUGCAACAAGCCCUUUAAGAAAUUGAUGAAAAAAUGUGGGGUCACUCAUAAGGUUGCUACACCUUACCACCCGCAAACGAGUGGCCAGGUGGAGAUAUCGAACCGGGAGAUCAAGCAUAUUCUUGAGAAGACGGUCUCUUCUAAUAGAAAGGAUUGGAGCGUUAAGCUUAAUGAUGCUCUUUGGGCUUAUCGGACCGCUUUCAAGACUCCUAUUGGCAUGUCUCCUUACAGGUUAGUCUUUGGGAAGCCUUGUCAUUUACCGGUAGAGCUGCAACAUCGAGCAUAUUGGGCAAUCAAGGUUCUGAACUUUGAUCUCCAAGAAGCUGGCCAAUUGUGGAAGCUCCAACUUAAUGAGCUUGAUGAGCUUCGGAAUGAUUCCUAUAAGAAUGCUAAAAUCUACAACGAAAAGACCAAACUCUUUCAUGAUAAACAUAUCUCAAGGAAGGUAUUUGAACCGGGUCAAAAAGUCUUGCUUUAUAAUGCUAGCCUUCGAUUUUUUCCGGGAAAGCUUCGAUCAAGGUGGAGUGGUCCGUAUGAGGUGAUUAAAGUUCUUCCUUAUGGAUCUAUAUUUAUCAAGGACCCUCGCACAGGUUUUGAGCAACAAGUAAAUGGUCACCGCCUUAAGCCCUAUUUCGAGACCUCUUUUGAUAUGGAAAAGUACCGCUACCAUUCCAGUUUUAUUGACAAAAAUCUUGUGUGGAUGCUAGUUGUGAAUGAGUUGGAAUCUGGCUGCAGGACAAUUAACAUUUCUGGGCAUUAUUUUUACAGCCAGCCUGUUCUGGGCGCACGCUUAGCACGCCUAGGCGCAAAAAUGGUUAAUUGCGGAUUGUAUCAAAAAGUGGAAAAAGGGGCUGAAAUAGGCACGACUGGAGAAAGAACAAGUCUUCAAGCUGUUAUGGGUGAAUUUUAG